GUUUGGAGGAAAGAAAGGAUUCGUAACUGUAAAAACCGGAUCGUGAAAAAAAGUGGUCAUUUGCAUUGUGUACCGGAGAACCGGAUUGCAGACUGAAUUCUGCGAACAGGCGACAGCGGCAGCAGUAGCUAAGAAAAGUUUCGGUGACGGUUUCUGUGUUAUCGCAGAGCUAGAAGCUAGGCGGUUGCGCUGGAACCUGACUCCUGUCGGAAGUGUCGCAGUAGGCGUCAAGAAACAGCUGAAUCGGUCGGAGGCAACCAACGGUUGCUGGGUUUGCACUUUGGCCGAGUGCGACACCAUCCUACGACUCCGACACCGACAGAGGCGGCAUCGCACAGUGCUGCGCGCAACAAGGUGAAUCGGCAAAACCGGAGAUAUGUGGUCCGUGUGCAAGAUCCGCGGGCGUGGUAGAACUGGCCAGGCAUUAGUUUGGAGCAUUGUUACGUCCAUUCUCGCCAUUCUACUGCAACCAGCGAAUGCCACCCAGUACCGAGUGGAUAUAAAAACGUCGGUAGUCUAUGGCCCAAAUACGACGGUAAAUAUCGACGCCGUUCUGUACACGGACGGAGCGUUGGUCAAAGACGAUUACAUUGUCUAUUGGCGCGACAACACACCACUGCAGCACCGGAUAGAUGAUAUCAGCUCGCAGGUUCCCCGUUUUAAUUGGACCAUUUCGUUCCCUCAUUCGGUCCCGUCCGGUACGUACGAAGCUACCAUAACGGUGAAGAAGCUAUGGGUGUUUGUUCCGUUAGAUUGUGCCAAGGCAUCUGUAAAGUUUAACCUGACCAGCAUACUUAGCGGGGAGCUGCAGUUGUCACAGAACGACACACUCGUUGAUAGCACGUACAUAGCGAGCACCUUGCCGCUCAACCAGAGCGUUAGCGUUUCGGAACGGGACCGUGUAGCGCUCGAGGAGGCCGCAUACGUGCGAACGUUUUGGUUCAUCAAUUGCCAGUACAUCGGUACAUCGAGCGAACUUUCCACAUUGGGCAACUACACGAAGGAGAACGAAACAUACACCAUCGAGGCUUUGGUGGUAGCAUCCUUUGAGAAGCUUCCCGACCCAACAACCACAACCACUACCACAACCACAACCACCACCACUACCACCACCACCACCACACCAGCCACAACAACGACAACGACAACAACAACAUCGACAACACCACCCACAACUACAACAUCAACAACCCCCGCCACUACGACCACGAGUUCCACAUCAACAACCACAUCGACUCCAAAACCCAAAGAAUUAUCGUCAACGGAACCAACUUCUGGCAGUUCCGGUCAUCCACUUCCGACCGGCUGGCAGCGCAGUAGGCGGGAUGCGAAUCCUUCGCUCAGGCUGGACUCGAGCGCGGGUGACGUAUUGUCACUGAAAGGCAUAAGCCCAGCGUUGCUUAGUAUGAUAGACAGUAAAAACAUUGUGCGGCCAGAUGGCUCCAAGGAAUCGCCCUCAAACGAGCCAUCGGUGGACAGUAUGCAACUAGCAAGGCUAGAAAAGAAAUCCAACACAAAGUUCUUCCUGGAUGAUGCAAAACAGCCGUUCGUUUGUGGCAACAGUUCGAUGGUCCCGCCGGAUCCGGCCAAAGUGUACGGCCACUUUCAGCGAACGAUCGUCGUACAGACUCCGAUCGCUCGUUUCAACGUCUCGGGACAGCAGUGGGUUAAGCAGGGCCAACCGGUUGACCUUGUGUUUCAGUGCAGUGGUUCACCACCGUUUGAGUUUUGUGUCAACUUCAACACAGGCCCCCACAAUAUGACAGGCAACGAAACCUGUGAUCACGGAUGGGAACCGGCGAGAGAUGGCAUUUGUCGCUAUCAACUUCAUCGGUUUUUCUUUGACAAAAAGCUCGGUUCGAUCGUGUUUUUUGUGCGUAAUCGCAUUUCCAACUACAUAACCCAAGUCGGCAUCCAGUUCUACGAGAAUCAGCCGAAGUCGCAGCUCUCGGUGAUAAUUGUACCGAUCGGGUUCUGUCUGCUCGCCGUUACGCUGGUAGUAUUUGGUGUGGCGUACUACAUUCAGAACCGUGAUCGGUUUAUCGUGGAGGUGGCAGACUUCAACUUUGGUGACACGAGUUCGCUGGACGACGACAUGGAGUACAAAACGUUCCACCAACGGCUGGUAGACAGUUUGCGGGACUCGGUCAGAGUACCACGCUUCAACUUCCGCCGGUCCAGUGCGCACGACGUGGACGAUGUGUCGCCUGGAGGAGGGCCAGGCGGCGAUUCUUCGUUGCGUUACGGAUCGAUGACCUAA